AAGAGAGCACGGCUGCAUAUAAAAGCUUUUGGCUCCAGCACGGACCUCAGGACUCAGACACCCUGCUCAGCCCGUCUGUCACCGGUCUCAGGACUUUAUCCCCGAGGGCUUGGACAUCUCUGCCACAAGAUGCACUACCGUAAAGGUGAGGAUGACCAGGAUUUGUGCCACGACGACUCCAUCUGCGGCUGCCACGAAAGCCCCAUGGGCGUCACGGACCUGUCCCCCUGCCAUGACCCCGGCAGCCUCAGCCGCGACGUUGAGGGGUCCUGCCAGAGCGUGCCGCAAGCCUGCCAGCUGCCGGAGCCCUGCCCGCCCCAGAACUGCUGCCCGCCACAGCAACGCUGCAGUUUUGGCAAACCCCGUCGGCGGGUGGAGCUGAGCCCCGUGCAACCCUGCCGCCCCCCCAUUAAAAUCCACCGCCGGCCUCUGCAGCAGUAUCGGCCGCCGCUGCAGAGCGAGGAGCCAGGGAGCUGCGGCAAGCCCCGCAGGAGAGUGGAGCAGUGCCCCGUGCAAGAGCCCUGCCUGCCCGUCCCACUGCAUCCCUGGCCACUGCAGAGCCGCUGCCCCUGCGUCCCGUGCUGCUGCCCACCCAUCCAGCGCUGCCGCCCACCCAUCCAGCACUGCCGCCCACCCAUCCAGCACUGCUGCCCCCCUGCUGUGCAGCAUCCCAGCCAGCACCAGCACAAACAGGUCCCUCUCUUGCCCCCCUGCCUGCAGAAGAAAUGAGGAGGGGGCCCUCCCCAGCGUGUUCCCCCUAUGCCGCUGCUCGGCGUGGAGAUGCCCCGCUUUUUGCUCAAACUGCUGGUGCUCUCAGCUCUGCUUUCUGCCUGCUGCUCUGCGUGCCCUGGAUUCAGGGACUGUGGUCCCCUGCUUGACCCCAGCACCGACACUUUAAAUCAAGGCCCUGGCGCAGGCUGCCUAUGGGUGCCCCAUCCCUGCCAGUGCCCAAGGCCAGGCUGGAUGGGGCUGAGGGCUGCCUGGGCUGGAGGCAGGUGUCCCUGCCCACUGCAGAGGGGUUGGAGCAAGGUGGGCUUUAAGGUCCCUUCCAACCCCAACCACUUGGUGAUUCUGUGAAAUUCCCAGGGCCUUCCCCCACCAGGGAACAGGCUUUAAUCACCCAAAGCCUAUUUUGCUCCUCCUUUGCUGGGAGUUGCUGGUUCUCCCCUCUGGUGAGAAGGCAAGCAGAGGGGAUUGAUGAACUGAGCAAGAAAAGCCAGAACAAGGAGGUGCAAGCAGCCUGCGACAGAUGCUCCUUCUCUCGCAGCUUCAGCGGACUGUGAUUUCAAGGCUGUUCCUAAACAGGGACAGGACUGUACUGGGAAAAGGCACACACUGUGCACUGUGACGUCAGGAGCA